AUGGGACUCUUCGAGUAUCAGAAUGCACUGGCGUGUACCUACAAGUCCCGAGACCAUGCCCCUGCUUCCACUUCUCACAAUCCGCAACUACAACACCAAUUGCCAACUGUCCUCCAGGACUCCCUUCUGUCCAUAGCCUUGCCAUCUGCAAUCCUGAUUGAAGAAAUAUCGAAAUUCGCAGGACCUUAUAUCACUGUUUUGCGGAUCGUUCUCGCCAUUAUCAAUGAGUAUACCCCGCCGCGGGGUGAACAAACACCGGUAGGAGCUGGUCCGAUAGCCACUUUAUCAAAGCAGUGGCGAGAGAAUCUAGCAAAUCCUAUUAGUGCGUAUUCCCUCCUCUUACUGUCUGGCUCCUGGACCACCCAUUGCAGAGCGUCGCUGCUCCUCCUAAAUGGUACUGUUCUCUCGUAUUCAUGGCAAGCAAGGUCUUCUCCGCACGAACUCUCAAGGCACAGGGAAUAUGCAUCCUCUUAG